AUGUCAACAUCAGUCGCGGCUGACGCCCUCUCGAGCAUGCUCCACCAUCUUCCACCCACUCUCUCCCUCCCCACUCACCGCGCACAGUCAGCCACGUGUCCUUCGGUUUCGGUGGUCUUUUUGUCCCAAGCUCAAUCCAACCAUUCUCCUCGAAACUCGGGUUCUUCCAACUCACUAACAACUCCAUCCCUCCCCAACUCGGCCGAGUUGGAAGCGCUGUCGCUCUUUGACCUACCCAGGGAGAAGAAACAAGCGAGUUUCCCGAGGAACUGGCCUGUUAGAUUUGAGGAAGGAGAUGAAGUUGACGAUGAUGACGUGGACGGACUCGGCGAGUCGUUUUGUCUAAACGAGUCAUGUUAUACUGAGUCUGCUGGGUUGUCCUUGGCUUCUCUAAGCGAUUUCAAUCGUGCUUUGGAGAAAGUAGGGUUGGAGGUGAUUGAUCUGCUUUGUAGGCCAGUCGGGUUUGAAAGUCCUCUAGGGAAGGAUGAUUGGUAA